AGUCUUUGCCAGAACUGACCCUGCAUACCGGCCCUCUCUGUUCUCCUGCAGAUAUCCGGGAGACGGCCUUCGUGUACGCCAUCACGGCAGCCGGCGUGAGCCACGCCAUCACGCAGGCCUGCAGCAUGGGCGAGCUGCUGCAGUGCGGCGGCGCGCUGACGCGGGCGGCCCCCCCCUCGCCCACGGUGGGUCCGGGCAUGGAGGGCACGGCCUGGGAAUGGGGCGGCUGCGGGGAUGAUGUGCAGUUCGGCUACGAGAAAUCCCAACAGUUCAUGGAUGCCAAGAGCAAGAAAGGCAAAAAUGACAUCCGAGCUCUCAUCGACCUGCACAACAAUGAAGCUGGGCGCUUGGCGGUGCGCAGCUACAUGAGGACAGAGUGCAAAUGCCACGGGCUGUCGGGGUCCUGCACCCUGCGGACCUGCUGGCGCAAGAUGCCCCAUUUCCGCGAGGUGGGAGACCGCCUCCUCGAGCGCUUCAAUGGGGCCUUCAAAGUGAUGGGAGGCAACGACGGGAAAACCCUCAUCCCCGUGGGCGACAACAUCAAACCUCCUGACAAGCAGGACCUCAUCUACUCGGCCGACUCACCCGAUUUCUGCUCGGCUAACCGUAAGACGGGCUCGCUGGGCACCCGAGGACGCGUGUGCAACAGCACAGCCAUGGACACGAGUGGGUGCGACCUGCUGUGCUGCGGGCGAGGGCACCGGGACGAGACGGUGGUGCUGGAGGAGAACUGCCUUUGCCGCUUCCACUGGUGCUGCGUGGUGCAGUGCCGCAAGUGCUCCGUCCGUCAGGAGCUCAGCCUCUGCGUCUGACAGCCGGCGGUCGGGCGAGGACAAUUCGGGGGGCCACCCCCAGG